UGUCGUUAGGAGAGAGAGAGAGAGAGGGGUUAGGAGAGAGAGAGAGGGGGAGGUCGGGGGGCAAGAUAGAGGGGAGCGUGCGCAGGAAGCUGAUGAGGCUCCUGUCGUUCGUGCCCUGCGGCUGCCGUGCGGGACCCAUCGACGACGCGCCGCCGGCGGAACACGCCGGAGACGCCGGGGCAGCGGCGAGGAGGAGGCGCCGGAGGAGGGCCAACAGGUCGCCGGGGACAGCAGCAGCCCAGUGGCGGCCAUCUCUCGGGGACAUCUACGAGGAGUACAGCACCGACGCGGCCAAGGCCCGCGGCCGGAGGGUUGUGCCGGCGAGGCCAGGCAAGUCGGCGUCCUGGGACGUCGCCAGGGUGCUGCCCCGCGCGCACAGUGAUGAGCACCGGCACCUGGAGAGCGCGUCGUCGAUGCCAGCGUCGUUCGCGCCGACGGCGUUCCUGUUCUGAUCAUGGCGGCGUCGGCAUGGACCGAUCGACGAUGACGACAAGAAGCACCAAAGUGAACAAUUAUUGGAAGCAUAUGUACAGAUUAUUAUCUACGUAUUGCAGAACCAAGGAUUUAUACGAAUCCAGGAAUUAAGGCAUCUCUUCUUCGCGAGAGAUAGCUAGCGUACGUAA